AUGAAAAUGGCUGCCCAGGACUCCCACAUCAAGCUGAAGCAAGCCUACUUCAUUAACUUCCUUCUAGAGGAUGCCAAGUGGAAAACUCUAACUGACCAAAUUGAGAAGGCUGUGGAAGGCUAUAAGCCAUGUGUAAAGGAGAACUGUAGCUGCCACCAAAGUGUCUGGAAGCAGGACCUGGCUCCUUUUCGAGGUGGCAUUUCCGAGGAGAUGAUGUCAGAAGUGGUGAGCCGAAAGCUCGGGACACACUACCAAGUCAUUAAGAACAAAUUGUACCGCGAACAGGACUGCUUUUUCCCUGCAAGGUGCAGUGGAGUUGAGCACUUCCUUCUGGGGAUCAUCAGCCGCCUCCCUGACAUGGAAAUGGUGAUCAACGUGCGAGACUACCCCCAAGUGCCCAAGUGGAUGAAACCGCUUAGCCCAGUCUUCUCCUUCAGUAAGACACCUGAAUACAAUGAUAUUAUGUAUCCUGCCUGGACAUUUUGGGAAGGAGGACCAGCUGUUUGGCCAAUUUACCCGACAGGCUUAGGGCGCUGGGACCUCAUGAGAGAGGACCUCAAGAGAUCUGCAGAAAAGUGGCCAUGGGUGAAAAAAAUCCCUAAAGGAUAUUUUCGAGGAUCCAGAACGAGCCCUGAGAGAGAUCCCCUCAUUCUGCUAUCCCGAGAAAAUCCAGAGCUCGUUGAUGCUGAGUACACCAAAAACCAGGCUUGGAAAUCUGAGAAGGACACCUUAGGGAAGCCUCCUGCAAAGGAAGUUCCACUGGUUGAUCACUGCAAAUACAAGUAUCUGUUUAAUUUCCGGGGAGUGGCUGCCAGUUUCCGGUUGAAGCACCUCUUCUUGUGCGGUUCCCUCGUCUUUCACGUUGGAGAAGAGUGGUUGGAGUUCUUCUACCCCCAGCUGAAGCCUUGGGUCCACUACAUUCCAGUCCGAUCAGACCUCUCUGAUGUCAGGGAGUUGUUGCAGUUUGUAAAGGAAAAUGAUGCCAUAGCACAAGAAAUUUCAGAGAGGGGACGCCAAUUCAUCACUGAGCACUUGCAGAUGGAGGAUGUCUCUUGCUACUGGGAGCAUCUGCUGUCUGAGUAUUCCCAAGCCUUGACUUACAAAGUGAAAAGGAGGAAGAGCUACAGCGAGAUCACUUCUAAAUGGCUGAAAACAGAACUGUAGAGAUUUCUUAGUUUUUCUUUUCAGCUCAAACUGAUCUCUGUGGAAAUCUGAAGAUCAGUGUAUCUUCUUUCUUGUUCUCUCAGACUUCCUAUCUUUUACGCUUGAACUACAGAGAACAGCAAUAGGCUAACUUGGAAAUUGCUGUCACACAGCGGGGCCCAGUGACACUGUUGCCAUAAGAAUGUUAAGUAGAAUGUUGGAUUACAGCCUUCUAAUGGGAUGGUUAUGGUCAUGGCUGCAAGAAGGUCG